AUGUCCCAGAAGACAACCAAAAGUAAGCUCAAUGGCUGUGAGUCAAUGAGGACAUCUUUGUAUUUUCUAUCAAAUGUUGUAGACUCUUUGGUCAGAUUCGUUGCUGACAUAGAGCAGAUUAUUCGAGUGGGACUAUCUCUCAGCUGAAAUCCAGUGAGGUUGCUAAGCUGAUCUGUGUGUUAUUUCACGUGCCAUGAUGAUGAGAGGAUUAUUGCCAAAAUGCUCUUUGUCACAGAUUCAUGAUCAGAGCUAUACCAUUACACUCUGAUUUCUUUUUUUCCCCUGGGUUACUUAUGCCUGUACCUGUGUAUUUGGUCAUUGUUUGAGAAAACCUUGAACCAUCUCUACAGAACAAGACUGCACACUGGGUGACACAAUCAUAACCACCCUUACGACAGUCACACAAGUCUGCCUAACCCUCAGUGGUAUCUGCGAUAAAUCUUCAAAGGAGAGACUGAAGCUGUAUGGAAGCUUUUUAAACUUUUGUUCAUUGAUUUAAAAAGAGGCCCUGGCUUUUGUACCGAGGACAAAGACCAUUGGCAGUGUCCUUUUUACAUCUCAGAUCUACGGUGGCAGCUGCAUUGAAAGUUUCUGUAUUUUUCUUUUGCCAUUGAGUGCUUGAAAUGGGGCCUCAUACUGAGUGUCAGUCUCAGUUACAGUAGAUUUUUUGUCUUUCUUUUAGAAUAAUUAAAUUUUUCAGUCUCUCAUGGCUGUGAAACUACAAGACAAAUGGUUCCUGGAAGUCAGUGUGCCAUGACAAGAAAGAUUUCCACCCACAACUUCCCGUAACUCUGCAACGUGUUGUUGAUACUCCAUGGUUAGAUUAAACAAGGAGGAUACAGGGCUUUAAUUUUGUUGUAAGGACCACGUUAUUAGUUUCUAGCCUUUGUGCUGAGCCAACUAAACCAGCUGGCUCAAGCUUCAUAACAUCUUAAAAGAUAUGAGAAUAGGAAAGAAAAAAACAAAAAACAAAACACUUUUGUUUUAUUGUCUUUGUCUUUGGUAUAGGGUAUUUGUUGUUGUUGUUAUCAAUAUUUUUUGGGUGAUUUCAGUCUUUUUAUUGCGGGGAGAUAGAGAGAGAAGUGGGAGGACAUGCAGCACAUGGUCAGGGCCGGAUUCGAACCCGCGACUACUGCGGGGACUCCCCAUGGGGUACGCUAACCUGCUCGGCCAACUGUGCGAUCUUCGGUAUAGGGGAUUUUGUUCAUUUUCUGAUUUUCUCAAAAGCUUUUGAGCAUUGAUAAUUAGGAUUCAGAAAGUAUCAGGAAGGGUCCAGAGCAAUUUAUUUACUUGUGUUUAAAUAAAGAAUUAAAUUCUGACUACUUAAUAGUCUUAGGUUAAGAAAACACUGGUAGGGGUAGAUCAGUUAUUGACCUUACCCAAGGGCUGAUAUUUAGCAUUUGGACAGUUAUCUGUAACAGCCAUUUAUUUUAGAGAUGACUGUUAAAAUUAAGUAAUUAAAAAGUGUGCUACUUUGUCUCACCGAACACUCUCUGGUUGGCUAAGUGUAACCAGCUAACUGGUAACUCUGGUAUAUGACAUUAAACAUUUCAGUUUUAACUAAAAAUUUGCGAUAGACAUCAAGCAAAGUUUUUGUGAUAUAUAGAUAGACUAUAAAUCAUGAUGGAAAAGAUUUAGAUUUUUACUGUCAACUAUCGAUUCCAAAUGUUCAUUAUUGAUCUCAUAAUCAUGUAAUGUGAGUUAUUGAGUCAGGUAAUUGGUUAGGCUGUAAACAUGAUGGAACAUGGCUAAACCCAGGAUUACAGAGUCUGCAGGUAGUUUGAUGUGAUGCACUCUUUAACACAGCCUUCGUACAAUUUUAACUCCAUUUUCAAGAUCAGAGUACUGCUAAAUCGUGAUGGUUUGAGAGACCAUCUGUCAUCUUUGCUUGUUUGCAACUUGGUAGUCAGGCAUUAUAGAAUAAUGGCUUUUGACAUAACGAAAACUGCAGCCCUUGCUGGUGACAGGAGUUCAUACGGCAGAUAAGAUGUGAUGUAUGAUAAUCAUUUUGGCCCUAUAAUAAUAGAAAUGUAAGACACUUGUUUAAUUGACUGGUAAUUCUGGUUCUGCCUGUUGAAAGUGACCAUGUUGAAUUAUUUUUACUCCACACACCCAUUUGACAAACACCCAUUCUUACCAUCAUUACACACCCAUCCUUACUGUUCAUGUUACUAAAAACAGUUUUCCUCUACACCUCUAACUGUGGAAGAAAUUGUGGUUUAUAGGGCCGAGAAGAUAAUUAAUCUCUGGAUCUGAUUUAAUAUGCAGUUAUGAACACCCUUUACAACUGUUCCAAACCAUUUUUACUUAUUUCCGCCCAUUGGGUUAAAAUUGUGUAACACUCACAGCACUUUUGAUACCAAUACAUGUCAACUCUAAGAUAGGUUAAAGCAUUUUUCAAUUUUUACUUGUGUUUUUUUUUAUUUGUGUGUUUUUAUUCAUCUAAUGUUUGAAUAUGUUUUGAUUCAGAGGAUCAGUCUGUGGCUGUCUCUCUAAUAGAUACUGUAAAGGGUGGAGUGUUUCCUGUGGUGUGUGAAACUGUCUCUUAAUAGCAGUUAGUGGCUGUUCUCACACUUAAAGUAUUUUUCUCACUUUUAUGUUUCAGUACAUAGUUUGGUAUUGACACUACACCUGCGUUGACCCUUUACCCAAUCAGUGCUGCUACUUUUACUGAAAACACACGUGUUGAAUUCUGUAGUCUUGCAGUAAUCUCUUGACAUGACAUAAAACUUGAACUCUGACUUAUGGGUCUGUAAAUGUUGAAGCUAGCGUGUUGUCUGUGAACUGUAAUAAUCCUGUCUUUUAAAACUAUUGUUUCUCUGCCUCUGUUUUUGUCUCCUCUGACUCCAGCAUGGUGCCUUAGGCUUAUCCCAGUUCUCCUGUUCUUCAUCUCUUUUAUCACAUACUACUGUUCCUAUGCUAUACUUCAGAGGUACUUGCACACACACACACACACACACUAACACAACCAUUUUUUUUUUGGUUCUUGCUUGUUUCGGUAUUAAGGUCACACAAUUACAGACAUGCCCAUUUCUGGUAAGAGAAAAAGAGUUAGCUCAUGAGGUCUGCGCAGUGCUGAGUCACUAAAAGUAACGGAAGAAAACCCACAAUCUCAUCAUCUGAGUUACUGGCCAAAUUAAUGCCUUACAUUUGCUCAUUCUUGCAUUUUCUGUGUGUUUGGGCCUCAGUUACCGGUACAUUGUGUUUUUAUGGGCUCAGCAGUGGUGACAUGCCAGUUGUGGUUAUUGUCUGUCUUUCAGUUACGGAGGCACCAGCAAGUCUCCUAACAGUAGCAAGUCGUUGUGUGGUGGCUGGCUAACGCAGAGGAAGUGGGAGAGCCUUAGCUUCAAGUGAGUAAUGACACGUCUGUGUUUUCUUUUCUUCUUGUUUUUUAAUUUCUCAAACUAGAGGGAGUGGAUUGCUUAUUAAAGGAGAACAGUUUGCCAACAUUUUUAUUUGAACUUAAGGUGCCAGAGUUCUUGAAAUUGGCAGAACGGCUCUUCACCAGUCAUUGAGGAGAGGCGAAUUCUGUGAGAGAGAUCAGGAUUUAAUAUAAGAAAGCAAUUUUCCAACUAAAUCAUGAGUCCUGUAAGUUUCAGUCACUCAAAUGGAAUGUGUCGAUGAAGUGGAUGAGAGGGAGAGUUUCUGUUGACUGAGAAGUUGGCUUGAUAAGGUUCCUUCUUCUAAGAGCCGGACAAAAGCUUGUUUGUCCUGCUCAGGUUCUGCAUGUUAAGUAAUCUCUGUUCCACAGCCUUGAGCCCCCUCUGAUUUAUUUACACAGCUCCAUUAUCAGUUUAUUCAGCUGCAUAUUUACUGUUUGUCUUUUUGUGUCCUCUGUUCUGUUACAAAAUAGUGAUAUGGUCUCCACAUGUGUGUUGCCCAACAUGCCUUCAAUUUCACUGUUUAUUUCCUCAGCUCAGUGGACCUUCCACUCCUCGCCCUUUGACCUUUCCAACACACAAAGUUCACAUUUGCUGUGUGUACCGAAACACAUGAACUGCAUUCUAAGAUACUGUUGCCACUGGUCGUGCUUGUACUUAUGCAUCACUCACCAGUCACAUGGAGGCCUUCCAGGCAAUCUUUGUGACAUUUCUCUAAUUAGUUCCCUCCCUGGAGAUUUAUCAUGAUCUCCUGCGGACAGUGAGUUGGCACACAAGGGUAAUAAAUGUCUCCGCGAUUCACUGUCAAAGACAGUGGCUCAUAAACAGCUAAAGUCUGCAGCCAGUGAACACAGAAAAGCAAUAGUUUCACUUAUUACAACCAACCGUAUUUGUCUCUCUCCACAAGCUCUGUGAAUGUUAUUGUUUUCUUUUCCCUCCCCUGAGCACAGAAAUGCCAACAGAGAGUUUUAAUGGGGAAAUUACUCCAGAAUGACAUCAUGUAAAUGGACAGCAUGCUUAUACGGGGUCUGGUGUACCUGCUUAAUAGAUACCAGAACAUUGGAGAAAGUGCAAAUAAAGCUUUUCCAUAUGCCAAUAUGAACACUGUACUGUUUGGCAGCACAGCUGGUAUUGUUCAUUGUGCGGUUUUAUCGUUCUUACAGCCAAAACAUUUUAAGUGUUUUUUUCCCCCCCUUAAUGCCGAAACACCUCAUUCAUAUCCUCCCUGCACUUGAAGCCACAAAUCCUGGUGUAAUAUGAUUCAUCUCUGAAAUGAAAUUGUGCAUUGUUUGUAAUUCCUGCUCUGACGUUUUUAUGCAGCAUUAGCAGACAGACAAAGCUCUUUCUGACACUGGAGGAUUUCUUCUGGCGGGAGCAUCUGUCUAAGCUGGCAUUACCUUAUGGCGUUAAGGGCAGUGGUAUGUUGAUUCUUUUACAUGAUCCUCCACCUUUUUUUUAAGCUCAUGCUUGAUCCCUCUAUUGUUGGUUGUUCUGUGAGAGUGCCUGGUUUUUGCUCUUUUUUAUGUAUUCACACAUUUUACAGGGGGAAUGUCUGCAAAACUAAAUCUCUUCUUUCAGUUUUGUAUGAAUGGAACUUUUGUAUUUAAAGCUUUUCUUUUUUUUUCUGUCUCCUCAGAGCUGCUGCUAUUGAAAGUUCUUGCUGUAACUGCAAAUUAUCAAGUGCCAACCAACAUCGAAAAGUAAGAGUAAGCACUCUGGAGCCGGUCUGGUUUGAGUGUUAGAGUCUUAUUCCAUUAAACCCAGGAUGUUGCUUGCAACAUACAAUGAAUACAGGAUUUAAAAAUGUAAUAAUCAGCUCUAACACAGUGGCACAUAUCCUGUUAAAUAACUUCAUGACCUCACAACUGUGAUUUUAAAUAUCUAUUGUACACUCAGGACUCCUGGGAAGGGUGCUUGAUCAUAAAUUGACCACAUUGUAACGGCCUCUGUGUUUGCGUGUGUCUGUAUGUAUAUAUUCUUUUUUUCCCCCAGACUUGAAUGCAGAACUUGUGUAGUCAUAGGCAAUGGCUAUGCUAUUAAAAAUAGCUCCCUGGGAAGCAUCAUCAACAAAUACGACGUGGUUAUUAGGUGAGCAGAACACACAAUGCCCUACAAGAGUCCAUGAGUUUUAUGUUUCUUUCUUUUAUUUUGUUUUGACAAAAUAGAAAGGAUAUGAAGGAUUUUAAACCUGCUUUGCUGCUGUUUAAUCUUGUUUAGGUUCUUUAUUGCACAACCUCAAAUGUGACCCAUCAGAAGUAUCAGUAACACUUUACUUGACACCUAUCUCUAUAACGCAUUAUAAAUAUAUUUAUAAUGGGUUAUAAUCAUGUUAUAUCACUGUAUAAAUAUUGUUAUAAACACGCAUAAAUGAUCUUAAUGCUUUAUAACAAUAAUCAUAACACAUUACAGCGCAUUUUAUCAUGACUUACAAGGUCAGGUGUUAUAAUGUGUUAUGCUUAUUGUUAUAAAGCCUUAUGUUAAUUAAUGAGUGUUUAUAAUGAUAGUUAUUCAAGUUUAUAAGCAAAUUAUAACACAUCAUAAAUAUAUGUAUAAUGCAUUAUCUAUGUUAGCGUUGUCAGUGAGUUGUUUACAGUCAUAACACAUUAUAAUACCUGACCUUGUAAGUCAUGAUAAGAUGCUUUAUAAUGUAUAUGAUUAUUGCUAUAAAGCAUUAUGAUCAUUUAUUAGUGUUUAUUACUAUAGUUAUACAGUGAUAUAACAUGAUUAUAACCCAUUUUACAUAUCUUUAUAAUGCGUUACAGAGAUAGGCAUCAAGUAAAGUGUUACCGAAGUAUCAGUAAGUUCAACCUAAAGACUUUCUCCAAACAAAUAUCCGUUUUUGGGCUUAAAGGAAUGCCUAAUUGUCAUAAAAAGAUCAUUUAAUGACAUAUAAAAAGCUGAAUCUAAGUAUCAGGAUUGGAAUCUGAAGUUGACUUGAAUGCUGUCUAAUGAUGGACAGAAGCUGACUGUGUAACCCUCUGACCCUGACAUGGAGCAGUAGUCAAAGUAAUUAGCAAGCUUUUGGGUCAAGUGAAGUUCCUUAAAAUGAAAAAAGAAAGGAGUUAGUUUAUUCAGGGACAAAGGCAUUCUGCAAAUCUGACUUUACAGCCUUGGAAUGAACCCAUGCAUUCUGAGUUUUUAUAAGCCUCUUUCGAACAGCCAGAAUUUGGCCGGGCCACAAUGCAUUUUUCUCCCCCUGUCAACUUCUCCCUCACUCCCUCCCUCCUUCCCUCCUUCUCCUCUCUGAAGCUUAUCGUCCACUGGCCAAGUAAAGGAAGGCUAUUGACAUUCAGAAUAACAAUGCAUGCCUCAGACUUCGACCUGAUCAGGCUGGUUCUGUUGUUGAAUUUUGUCUAGACUGUGUUACAGCAUGUCUGGACAAAAGUUAUAAAAGUGCACACUAAUCAUUUCAACAAAACCAGGUCUCAUUUGUUGCAUUGUUGAGUUUUAAUUAAAAAAAUACUUGUGUCAAUUGAGAAUGUCUUGUAUCUGAAAUAUGUCCAAAGUCGUAGAGCAAGGACGUUUUUGUGUCAAUAUCAGUUUUAUCACUUUGUAGUUUAAGACAUUUUUGUUAUUAGAGUGGCUCUGGGUAAUGACAGGUGGGAUGUGGAGACAAAGGAAGCAGUUAAAGAGCAAUAAAAGCUUGACAGCUGAUUUUAAAGACAGUCCUUCAGCCACCUUGACACCAUUAGAUUGGAUUAGAUUGGAUUUUGGGAAGGUUCCCUCAAGGAAAUUAAAAUUCCAGCAACAGCAUUAUGAACAGAAAAAAAGAAUAAAGGUAUAAUGAAACUUCAGAUAAAUUAAGUAUUACAUAUAAAAAAUAAGAUCUAAAGUUAUGGACUUAUGCACAUUUCUAUUACUACUACUAUGCCUACUACUACUGCUGCUGCUUCUCCUUCCCAUCCUUGCCCUCCUGUUACCCCUCUUCCUCUCCAGAGAGGAGUUGUACUGAGAGGAGUUGUACAGUCUGAUGGCAUGAGGGACAAAGGAGUUUUUCAGUCUGUUAGUCCUGACCUUGGGAAGGAGCAGUCUGUCACUGAACAGGCUCCCCAGGUUAAUGAUGAUGGAGGGGUGCAGAGGGUGACUGGCAUCGUCCACAUUGUCCGGUAGUUUGUCGAUUGUCCUCAUCUCUGCUAUUGUCACCAGACAGUCCAGCUUCAUGCUAACCACAGAGCCGGCUUGUCGUAUUAGUUUUUGGAUGUGUCCUUCUUGGAUGUGCCCUCCACCAAGCACACCAUGGUGUAAAAAAGACACUGGCAACCUCAGACUGAUAAAACAUCCACAGGACUUUUCUGCAGAUGUUAAAAAGCCACAGCCUCCUCAGGAAGUACAGCUUGCUCUGUCCUUUCCUGUACAGGUGGCCUGUGUUUAAUGUCCAGUCCGGCCACUGUCCAAGGUACUUGUAUGAAUCUACAGCCUCCUCGACUACUUCGAUCAGAACUGGUAUUGACCCUGGUCUUGACCUCCCAAAGUCAAUGACCAGCUACUUGGUCCUCGGGGUGUUGAGGUGCAGAUGGUUCCUGUGGCAUCAGACAGCAAAAUCCCUCACUCUGCCCCUGGUCUCCUCCUCCUCUCUGUCAUCCCUAACACACCCAACGAUGGCUGUUAUAGCAUUAAGAUCUGAAAUCCAACUGUGCAAAGUUACUUAUUCUUAUUUAUUAUAAUCUUUAAUAUUAUUAUUAUUCAUUAUUAUUAUUCAUUAUUGGGCUCUCAAAUGUAAUCUGUGACUUGUACUUAUUUUUCUGUGGGUUACUUGGUUGAGAAAUUGUCAAUGCUGACCAUUUUAUUUAACUAAUGUGAGAAAUUAAACAAAAAUUUAGUGAAGAAAAAAUAGUGUUUAGGAAUGAAACAAAAUUAUUUUUUUAAAUCAAGAUACAGCUGAAAAGAUAGUCUUACUGUAGAUAAACAGCUUGCUCGUUGGCUUAUUAAAUAGUAGGGCUGUGUUGAAGUCUCUUUUGCAGAAACAGCCCUCUAACCGGUUAUCCAAUCAAUCCUCAAUUGAAUAUGUAAAAGGAAAUUCCGAUGAAUAAAAAAUAAACAAGCCAUGCUCUCUCUUGUGUGUCCUUUAACUGCAAAAUUGCUAACACAAAAGAGCUAUUGUGAGCUAUAACUCUUCUGCGAUGUUUUAUUCAGGCUGUCGCACCUAUUCUAUGACGUAAGUCCUGAAUGCAAUGUAAGGAAGACGACUCAAGCUAAAUAUUGAACUCAUAAUGCUCAACAACAUUUCGAAGGUCAUGACUAGUUGACUUUGUGACUUAUAGAACUUAAAAGUUGUCUCUAUCUUUGUUAUCCUGUCUCUGUCUCAGGUUGAAUGAUGCCCCAGUGAGAGGCUAUGAGGACGAUGUUGGGAACAAAACCACCAUGAGGUUCUUCUACCCCGAGUCAGCCUCUUACAACCCUGGACUGCACAACGAGCCCAGCACACUCAUGGUCCUGGUGCCUUUUAAGCAGCAAGACCUACGGUGGCUCAAAGAGAUCCUAUAUAAUGAGAAGAGGGUACAGGAUAUGUGUGAGAAUGCGCUCUCUCACACAAAUUCACACACAUGCUUUGCAAUCCUCUCUUUUGUUUCCCUCUCUGAGGCGUACAUAAGCACUCCUUGACUUUUUUUCUUGACCUUGUCUGCCAUCACUUGUUGGAAAAAAGAACUUGAAAGGUUCUACUUCAGUGAUGCUAGUGCCCUUUGCAUUUAAAUGUAGUUUCCAUUGGGGGGAUCUCAGCACCUCCAGCCUCUCUGCUAAUAGUUGCAAGGUCAUUACCCGCUAAUUUCCACAUUGAUUUGGUUGCCUCAGGACGUGAGGGAGUCAUAGGCUCAAUUGCAUCUCUGUUUGAGUAAAUGAACUCGGUGUACUAACCAGGACUGGCAAUCUUUCACUCUGCUUUCUGCCCUUCUGUGCUCUUCAGUUUCACAACAUCCUGUGUUUUAUCUGUCCAUGUUUAUGUGUGUGCAUUCCAGGUUAGGAAAGGCUUUUGGAAGCCUCCUCCUCAAAUCUGGUUGGGUGACGUCAGUAAAAUCAGAGUGCUGGAUCCCCACUUUCUGCACCAGACUGCAGACAGACUGCUCCGGAUACCCCUCUACCCUAAGAGUAGACAGGUGAGAUAUCAGCUUCAUUUAAAUGGUUUGAAAAUCACGGUGCAGAAUUCCCAAUAUCAAAACCAGAGUUUUCUUUAGGUCUAUAGAAGUCCAUUCCCCCCAAGAAUUUAACUCAAUUAGUUUUUGUGGCUUCAUCACAUUGGCAGUGAUGCCUCUCCUCUCUCGCUGCUGAUUACUUUUGUCCAUUUGAAGUAUCUCUCCUCUCUGGUUUGUUCCUUUUCUCUCAUGGCCCCUUUUACACUUCCUUUACCCUUCACUGCUCUCCACAUGAAUGUUAACAAGGCUGGACGGAGGAGCAUCCACUGAUUAGCUACAGCUCCUCCAGUGAUACAUCAUGAGAGCUGUUAUAAACUGUUUACUCAAAGAGGCAUAUCUCUUGAAAUGCAGCCGGGUCAAUAGCAAUUUUGUGGAUCCAAUUACUGAAAAACAUGAUGAAGAUUAGCUUCUGCUGGACGUUCUGGCAUCUAAUUACAAGAUAAGCUUCUCAUGUCUACUACUAGGCUGCACAGUAACUCACUGGGAAAUAAUUGACUUAUGAAGGAAAGCCAAAAUAUUGUGUAAAUUUCAACCAGAUGCUGCAUUUUCAGGAAUCUUUAACCUCCUUCUGUUUCUUCUCUGCAAAUAUGUCUUAUGUUAUUUUCUCUAUGUGACAGUUCAUCGUUUUUUUAAUGGUUUUAGAGUUUAGCUGAUCUACAUCAUGCAUUAUCAUUGACUAAACAAAUACUGAGGUAAAGAUGAAAGCAAAAUAGAAAGAAAAAAUAAUUGAUCAAGUAGAAAAAUCAUUUGCUGAGCCCAACAACAAGCUAACUCAAGAGAUUAUGGUCCAAGAGGAGGGAUUGUGCAAUGAAAGAAUGACGCAUUACACUUUUUGUAAGUACACUGAUCUGUUUUUGUUUCACAAACUUGGCUUCAGCUGCUUUCUGACUAAGUUGAUUCGAUUUGUAAACCUCAAGCUAUUGAAAUCAUACUAUUACUUAUCCGGAGUGAAGCUCAAACCGGACCAAGUAGGGCUUGUCGUGUGAUUGGUGGGGUUUGUCUCUGACGUGGUCCGAGCCAAGUUUUGUUUAGUUUCUGCUCGUUCCCCCUCUCCUGAGCCCUUUUUGUUCAAGAGUCAGUGGGGAGGAGGGAGGGGGUGUCACCCUUUUGGACUGCAAUCCAAACACAACUGGCUGGUGCAUGAGAAGAGUUAGCAGUGGGAAGACAGUGAUCCUACAGGCUAUCAGCAGGCUCACCCAUCAGGAGCUCUGCACCAUCUGCUUAGACAGUAUGGAGAGGGUGCAAGGAGGAGGAUUGUGGGUAGAAGGAGAAAGAUGAUGAAGAUGUAGUGAUAGGGAGGAACAGACAGUUACAUACUCACCCGUUUGGUCUUUAAACAGAGUUGAAAUAUCAGUGAUGUUACUUCGUUCUUCGUCGGACGUUAGUUUGAGUCUUCUCUUUUUUUCCAAGGUCGGGUAUUUCCUCAUCCAAUCAGCGAGGGGUCCUGAAUUGCGAAUCUGGACCUCCUCUUUGCAGGCACACCACCCCCCCCUUAGAUAAUGAUCCUGCCAGAUAGACCAGGACCCCCUUAAAACACACACGCACACACAGACUCACGCAGACAAAGGCACAAACUCGGAUUCCCACACAUGCAACCACUUUCCUCUUCUCCCCUGUUUUCUUCCUUUCUUUUAUGGAUUGGACACACACAUAACUCAUAUGUUCACACCCAUCUCCCCUGAGUUAAGUUCCUGCAGGUCUGGCUUGCAGGAAUGACAGUAUGCAGCCCCCUUGCUGCCCUUGCUCACCAAGGCUCCAUGGGCUUGUGUCCAAAGUAUGCGCAGGGCCGCUGCAGAGCUCUGGUGUUCACCAGUGAGCUGGCGACCACAUGAGGCGAAUACACACAAAAUGUCAGCUGUGUCCCAUUGAGGAGUGCUCAUUAGGUUUUAGAUUAUAGAAAAAGAAGAGUGCAACAGGAACCUGAUCUGGUGCAUUUUUGUAGAAGGAGAAUGCAGGACAUGAGGUUAGUUUUGAGUUUUUAAUCAUGCAGAUCAAUUGGAUUGUAUUCUGUGCCACUGUGGUUGAAUUUACAUUAAAGACAGGCAGUUUUUUUUUUUUUUUUUUACAAUUAACCAUGUAUACAGUAGGGCCGGACUAAACACAAAACAGACUUUAAUUUAGUCGUGCUUGUCUAAAAAUACGCCUAAAACUAAACACAGUUUUGAUGAGCAAGGGUUAAAGAAGCAGUUCAGCAUUUUGGUUUAUUUAUCCUCGCUGGCCUUAAUGCAUCGUAGCUUUAAGAAAAUACCCCCCCAGCUGUCUGAAUGUUAAAAACAUAACACCAACCAGGAGUCCUAUAGCGAAGUUUAGCAUGAGACUUGUGGAAAAAUGCAAGCUUAGCUCUGCUCAAAGAUGACAUUAUCUGCCCACUAACUGUAGCUUUAAGGCCGUGAAACUACCAAAGGGAGACUUGGGGAAGUCACUGUCUUCUGCCAAGAAAUAGAUCUUUCCAUAACACCCAGUGAAACCACAACGUGUGUUUCUGUGAAACUCUGACAUUUUGAGGGGCAAUAGGUGUUUUCCUGUUUAUUUUAAUUUCUCAUCUCUAUGCUUAGCUAAGCAAAUGGGCUGCUGUGGUAAUGGUAUUAAUGGGUAAUGUCUAAAAUAAAAACAAGAUUGCACUAAGAUGUUAACUACUUGCAGGAAUGGUUUAUUCUGAGUCAGACGUUCUGGUAAAAAUCAAUAUUUUUGGCAAAGAGUUACUUUCACAGCUAGUGGAAAAGCUGUAAGUUAGACUCAGUGUGCAAAAGAUUUGUCCUUGCAGACAGAGAAGAUUCUCUCCAGGGAAAAGAUGAUAACAUGGAUGGUGGUUCAGGAAAGAGCCGUGAAAAGGCUGCUUAGUGAGAGUGCAGCACUUCGGAGGGACAGAAAUAAAGGGCUUCUUCUAUCUAGUGGUCAUGUGGAAGUGAUUCUUCUUGCCCCUGUGGACAUGGAAAAUCAUUGACAGCGUCAUAUGGGAAAUGGCAAACAACACAGGCAAUUAUCUGUGCACUGGAAGACCCUGCCAGAGAGAGCACAACAAACAUGUCUCCUCUCAUUAAAUCUCACAUCAGAUUUAUUUCUCAAGUGGUGCCAGCGGGGUCAGAUGAUAUCCCUUUAUAUUUUUGUUUCAAGCAAAAGCAGAUCAAAAAUGACACGCAAGAAAGAAAGACAAAUAAUAAGUAAACACUGUAACUAAGUCUUUUAGCACUAUUUUGUCAUCACAAAGACUGCUUUUGUGUUGAGUCACACAGGAUAUUGACAUUUCUCUCAAUGAUAAUAAUGGCAGCAGGUGUGCAACAAAGCUCUCUAGCUGAAAUGCUCUGGGUCAUGAGUGCGCCGCCUGUUUUUUGUUUGUCAGUGGGUUCAUAAAAUCAUCUUUUUCCUUUGACAGCUUUCUCCAUAUCACCAACACUAACUGACAUUUAGAAAAUAGCAGUCAUGUCACCAAAUCAAAACGCACCAUAAAUGUUGAAAUGUUCAUGUUUUAACAACUUUAUCAUGACCCAUGCCACAGCUUUUAUUUGUCACUUCUUAGCUCUUGUUUUUUUUUUAUUGAGCAAAUAAAUACAGCCUCCAGGAGCUUUUCACAAUGACUCAGAGUCAGUUUAAUGCAAGUGUAGAGACCAUGAACUGGCAGGAGCAGAACUGUGAUCACAAGAUACAAACAUAUUAAAACAGUGACGAAUGCAUGACUGCUUUCAAUCGGCCCACAGACGGAUUUCGUCAGAGUGAUAUUUGAUUCUUAGUUGAUUUAGUUUUAGCAUUCUUUCUGCAGCUAAUUGUGACUUAGACUGUAAAACAUUUUUAGAUUUUAACCCAUAAAAUGCCAGUUUGUAUUACUAAGGAGUCAGAUAUUUGUUGUUGAAAAAAAAACAAAUUGUUGCAUCGACGUAAAUGUCAGGAGGAAUUCAAUGAGCACAGUUGGGGAAAUGACAAGAGCAGUGAUAUUAGUUGAAUAAAAGAAGCUCUUGCACCUGAAAUCACAGAAUACGUUUCUUUAAAAAUACCAAGAUUUCCAGCACCACCAAGGAAGAAUGUAGAUUGUGAUAAAUUAAGUUAUGUUAUGGUAUGGUAUGAUAUAUAAUGCUUUUGUGCUGUUUGGAAAAAUGUUAUGUACCCUGUGGUGGAAGCAUGAAACUUAAUAAAAUAAAAAAAUACAAAGAAAAAAAAAAAAAAAAAAUAGAAAAAAAAAUACAAGAUUUAUUAUGGAUAGAUACAUUUUUUUACUUGGAAAUCGUAAACGUAAUAUAUUAUGGUUUUAUAUAAUAUAUAUUAUAAUAUUUUUUCAUCUUAAAUUUAAUUCAUCAUAUAGGUUUUUUUUUUUUUGUAAUUUUAAUAUAUUAAACCCUAUAAAGUAGCUUAAAGAAUCAUAUUUUCUUCUUUUUUCUUUUUGUUUUUUUUUGUCACUGCCUGUCAGAGUCAGGAGUGGAUAAGUUGUGCUUGCUGUUGUCCUUGAAUGCAACAGCUUUUUUUCCUCAGGCUCCAUGUUUGAAAAUGAACCCUGACUGCACAACAAUACCCAUCACUAGCAUAUGGGCACAGAGAGUACCAUCGAUGAUACAAACCCCUCAAAAGCACACAACUACACACUGAUUCUUAACUAACAUCUUUGUCUUCCUGUAUCACAUACUGUAACUCCUAUGACAGAAAUUUACUGCAUCUGAGAGCUGCAAGAGCGUAUUAACAGCAUUUGUGCAUGUAUUGUAUGCAUGGUUGGUGAUUGUAACCCUUCAUUUGUGUGUAAAAGAAAUAGAAAGUCUGGCAAAACAAGCGGACAAUUGCGACCUGUGGAAGUAUCUCACAAAAUAUAUUUGCAAGUUGAAAAGAAAUACAUGUAUGUGUGUAAAUGCACAUACACCCAUAUCACUCAUUUUACAUUAAUAUCAGCAUGUUCAGUCCAUGUGAGUUGCAUAUUAUUGCUGCAUUGGCCUUCAAAAGACUCAUCAACGCCCCAUAGUGGUAACAACAUAAAUCAUAUGAAUUAACUGUAAGAAACAGUUUAUCAAAUGGUGUAGUCUAUUAUUUUUGUGAAAAAAAAACAAAAACAAAUUUGAGGCCUUUUCUUUGUAUAAUGACAGAGUGAAUGGUUUCAUGUUGUCAUGGCAUUAGGCUGAAAAGUUAGAGUUAUAGUUGGGACUUUUUUUGUCAUAUUGGGUGUCACUUUUUAGAUUUCAGAGGGUACUACUGUUGGCAUAUUAGAGCAGAUAAAGUUCAAAUGUUAGGAUUAAUAAUGCCAUAGUGAUCAAAACUGGAAAAGUAACUGUAAAUUAAAAAUUUAAAUGAUCCAAUAAAGUCCCAGGUGAAGCAUAAAUGUUGCUUUGUGCUCCAUCUCCAAACAAAACUGUGUAAUUGAACAUGUUAAAUCCGUGCAAAGUUGGCCAAAUUUUCCAAGUUUUGAAAUCUCCAAAGAAACAUAUCCUUAAGUACUGUACUUCUGAUCAGAAAUACCACGAGGGAAAUCAGCCUUUAGUUGUUCUUAGUAACUUGCUUCUAAAGUGCACAUCUUUGGAGUAGGUAGUAAAAAACUUGUGACUAAGCUGCUGGAAAGCACUCAGUUUGCAGGGUGAGGCUUGCUGAUGUUGCUAAACUUCCUGUCAAACAACAAAGUCCUUUUAGUAUCUCAUCAACAUGUUCUGCUUUGCAAGAGGCCUAUGAACUAUUGGGUGUUUACAUUGAGUGUUAUUAAUUUAGCAGAUUCUGUUUCUUAAGAGACUUAAGCGAGUGAAAACAAGCUCUGAAGAAAGAAAAGCUUACCAGAGACUGUUAGGAUGUCGUAAGCUUUAGGAGUUGCACAACAGUCUGCACUGAGGUUAUUAAAUGGUAUCCUGCACAUGGAAAGGACUUGUGUUUAUAAACCUCAUGUAAUGGAUAGCAGCAACAACUUCUGCUGCCCUCUACCACCAUCUAGUGUUGAAACAAGAUCUUUUUAAUAUGCAAAAUAUCUAGUACAGCAUUUUGCUACUUUACAUGAAGGCUCACUCAGUCUGCUGCCUAGGUGCAUAUAGAUUACACUCAUCAGUUUCAGUAUGGUGUUUCUUUUUUUUUGGGGGAUUCAGGUUUUUAAAUGAUGGUGAAAUUUUGGACAUGUUUUGUUUGUCAUUUCAGAGUGUUUUGUUAUUUCUGUACUUGCUACCUUGCAAGUUACUCAAUUGAGAGUGAGAGUUUCAAAUCAACCACCCAUAGCGGCUUUGAAAAGACAUCAAAUGUCAUUGCGGUUGACAACUGCUAAGUUCUGCUUCUUCUUUGCAGCCGGUGCAUCCUACCACGGGUAUCCUUGCUGUGUUUGUUGCUCUCAACUACUGUGAUGUGGUCCAUAUUGCUGGUUUUGGAUACCCUAGCUCCAGAAGCCAAAUGCAGCCUAUCCAUUACUAUGGAUAUGACACCAUGAAGUCUAUGAAGGUGGGUAUCAGACUUUUUAGGCACCACAAAUAUUGUACAAAUAUUGUACAUGCUGGAAAAGCAUUUCAUACUCUGGCCGUGAACCAUCCCCCUUCCUGUCUCUGCAGAAUUCCUACCAUGACCUCAAUCACGAAGCUGAAGCCUUAAAAAUUCUGGAGGAUUCAGGAGCUAUUUUGUAUCUACACCCUCACUUAUGA